AUGUUUGCUUUACGUCGAGCCACUUCAAGAACCGUCCUAAAAUCCUCUAUUAUUUCCUUGACGCCACAUAAAUAUGUAACGCAUAGGACUCUUCCAGCCUUAAUAAGUAGUAGUACGCGUUUUCAAAAAUAUGAACAACGUUCUUCAUUUACUACUACUACCGCUACAAGAGUUAAUAAACGAAAUGGAAAUGGCGGUGCAACCGCUUUAGUACGGGCAAUUGCACCAAACUGGGAAGCAAAAGCGUUUAUCGAUGGCGAAGUCAAGGAUUUGUCACUUGACAAAUAUCUUAGUGAGAAACGAUAUGUGGUGAUG